AUGGAACGACGUACGUGCGUUACCGACCAGACGGGCGGUGGUGGGCUGAGUCGAUGAUCAGCGUGCCUGCUUGCGCGCGCGUUUGAUCGCUCAUCGUACACGCGCUUGGCCCGUGUCUGCCCGUGUGGCCCGUCGCCCCACAAGACCACAGAGUCAGACGCUGAGGCUGCCCUCGCCCGUCAUGAAAACCCCCGCAGACCCCCGCCAGACAACAGGGCACGCGCUGGCAUGGGACUGGCAUGGGUAGCAGCCGGCCGGCCGUUCCUCUGUGAUCUACCCACAGGCCCCGUCAUUCGCCCUCUUUGUCGCACCCAUUCCGGGCCGCCCCCUUCUCUGCAACAGCCUAUCGUCUUCUACCCUCUCGAACGGCAGGUCCCGACCCUUUCCCAAGCACUCGUUCUCGACCUACCGCCCUGGGAAGCGCGCGCCGACACGCGCACCGAAUCGAGCGGCCUUCGACGUUGA